UUUAAAGUCUAAACCAGAGCCUCACAUUCAAUCCCCUGUUGUUUCCUCUCUCUCUCUCUCUCUCUAACGAUAUCAACGCCAUGUCUAUUUCAUCUUCCUCCAAACCAUCACCAGCUCUGAACAUAGGUAUAAUAGGCUUUGGUCCAUUUGCACAGUUCUUGGCUAAGAUUAUGAUCAAACAAGGCCAUACACUAAGGGCAACUUCUCGUUCAGAUCACUCUCAGCUCUGUGAAGAUUUCGGUAUCUCAUACUUCAGGGAUGUACGCCGGUUUCUUGAAGCCGAUAAUGACGUCAUUUUGAUUUGCACAUCAAUCCUAUCUCUAGCAGAAGUUCUCAAGUCUCUGCCACUGCAUGUUCUAGAACAGAAAACUCUCUUCGCUGAUGUUUUAUCAGUUAAAGAGUACCCAAGAGAUGUUCUACUGAAAGUACUGCCAGAGGAAAUGGAUAUACUGUGCACUCACCCUAUGUUUGGACCAGAGAGCGGAAAAGAUGGAUGGAAAGAUCUAGCUUUUGUCUAUGAUAAGGUUCGCGUAAGGGACGAAGAUACUUGUUCAAGUUUUCUACGGAUUUUUGAAAAUGAGGGCUGCAGAAUGUUGGAGAUGUCUUGUGAAGAACAUGAUAGAGAGGCUGCUAAAAGUCAAUUUCUUACUCACACCAUAGGCAGGAUUUUGUCAGAAAUGGGAAUAAAGUCUACACCCAUGAGUACAAAAGGCUUUGAGACACUUGUUCAAUUAAAAGAAAGCACCAUGAAAGAUAGCUUUGAUCUGUUCAGUGGGUUAUUCCUUUUUAAUAGAUAUGCCAAACAAGAGCUGAACAACCUAGGACUUUCCUUUGAAAAGGUUAAGCAGAAGCUACUAGAUAUGAUGGAUGUGCAGCAGAAUCUAAAAGAUUCCGACUCUUGCCAACAAAAAUGCCCUUAGAAUUUGAAAUAUAAUGCAUUGUACUUGUUUUUUUGUAAUUAAAAGCAAGUUACAGGCAUACUAUUAGAUUAUCUUUCAAUACAAUUCUAUUGUAUAUUCAUAUGCAUCCAUGCUAGCUUAUAACAAUAGAUAUGCAUGUAUUUCAUGCAAAAUCAUAGUCACUCUGAUCCAAAUCUUUCCCGCAUCACCAAGUUCUAUUAAAAUGCACAGCUCUUGAAAGGAUGGUUUAGAAAUUCAUCCAAAAAAAAAGAAGAUCCUUUUAUUGAAGUUGUUUUGUGAUUAUGACAGGCCAAAGCUUGGUAAAUAUGUGAACUUUAAGGUUUGUACUUCAAUAAAAGUCGAGGGAUUUUUAUUAUGAA